AUGUAUCCUGUGGGACAUCUGCGCGAUAUUUGCACCUCCACGGCGUGUCGUCGAACCUCGUUCGUGUUCGGUUUACUGUGGAACCAUGACAAUCUUGACCGAGAGCUUCACGACAGUGUUCACACAUUCUUCGGCGGCACUCAUACAAGACUCAUGAAACAGGUAGUAAACAUGGGAACCAAAGGGGUCUGCGUGAAUGAUGACGGACAUUCGCUUCUCACGGAGCAGAACAUAGACCGGCUCCAAGGACUACCAAUCCUUUUCAUUUCGGGCACGGAGAAUCAAGUCUUUGACCCCGAGUCGACGCUGAAAGACUAUGAGCUUCUACGGCGACGGUUCGGCGAAAAAUACUAUCGCAGGUUUCUAGCGGAAGGUUAUGGGCAUCUCGACCCCGUUGUUGGCAAAGAUGCUGCCACAGAUGUUUACUGGAGGAUAUUCGCACAUUUGAGUUGGUGCAUAACGAACGAGCAAUCUUCUGAACCAUGGAGAUAG